CUCGUCCUCUGAUUGGCUAGAAUGGCUCUCCUCCGAUUGGCUAUUUCAUCGCAUCCUGUAGUACCAACACCACCACCGACAAACUUCUCUCUACCGGUGGCCAUGUUUGUUGAUGUGUCAUAUCAAAACUACUUGUGGGCGGAUCAACGACGACAGUAGGUUUAAUGUAGAAAAUUACCAUGGAAGGAUCAGAUACUGCUGCUUCACAAUGGAUGGAUGAAUCAGAGAAAAACAUCGAGCAACGAAGUGAUGAUGAAGUUGCCUGUGAAUCAGUUCCAGACCAUCAGAUGGAAAAUGAAACAAAACUUGGUUCUGGCAUGGAGGGAUUAGUGGAGGAAAAGGACAAUUUAUUAGAAACUGCAUGUAGUUGUGAAAGUGAUGCAAUGCCAUUUGACGAAACGGACCUGCAUUUAAAUCUCUUAGCAGAAUCUAAAAUAUUAUGCGUUGCAACAGGUACAACACAAGGUAGACUUACAAACACUCAAUCAGUAGGUGGAACAGAAGAAACCUUGUUAACUUCUGAUAAAGUAGAAAUUUCAGUUACUACCUGUGAACAUUUUAAAGAUCAGCCUUCAGAUUUUGUUAAGUUGAAUGAUACAGAGUCACUGUGCGCCACUGAUGGAGUUGUGACAGAUCUAUCAUCCUUCUCCGAUGAAAGCAUCUCCAAAUUUGAGCAUUCCAACUCCACCACCUCUGUAAUCGUUAACUGCUCCAACACUCCCAUUCCUGACACUGUCAACUCGCUUUCAUGCAGCCAUCAAAUAAGUGCCUCAAGCAACAAUGACAUGGUCUGUGACAGAAAGUUAAUUUCCCAGACUCAGAAAUCAUCAUCACAGGAGUCACUGUUGGAUCUGCUGGAGCCCAAUCUGUCCUGUCAGUCUGAGGUCCAUAUGGAGAAGACAGGUGGCUUGCCUGUCAAUGGAAUAUCACCUGAUCUGGAGGGCAAUAUGGAAUUUUUCCUGGAGAAAUGUGUCCUGUACAGUUGCACACAACAAGAAAAGGCUAUUCAGGGUUUAUUUGAGGAGAACAAGCGGCACCAAAAGCAUAUCCACGACAUUUGUGCAGAGAAGGACAACAUGGGAGUUGAGCUAAAAAAGAGAGCUGAAACGGAGAGGCUACACAUUGCCCACAUUAAAAAGUUGGAGGGGAGGGUGGAGGAGCUGUUGAAAGAGCUGAAUCUAUCCAAGGACAAGCUUAUUCAUCAAGACCAGGCAGCAAAGGUUUGCUUCUUGAAUAUGCAGAGGGAGAUGACCUGCCGACUCGAACAGGCAAACAAGAAAUGUGAGGAAGCUCGCCAGGAGAAGGAGUCUAUGGUGAUGAAAUAUGUACGUGGGGAGAAGGAAGCACUAGACCUGAGGCGAGACAAGGAAACUUUGGAGAAAAGGCUGAGGGAAACUGUUAAAGAAGUGGACCGCCAGGCUCUGCGAGGCAACCAGCUGUCUCAGGAGAAGGGUCGGCUGCAGCAAAUGUUUGAUGCCAAGGAAGGAGAUGUCAAUAGACUUAUCCGGGAGUUGGAAAAGCUAAAAGAAGAUAACAAUUCUCAUCUAAUUAAGAUCCGGUGGGCACAGAACAAGCUAAAGAGUGAAACUGACGCUCACAAGGAGUCGAAAGACAAGCUGAGGGAGACCAUGUCCAAACUGGCCCAAGCUAAAGAGGAGACAGAGCAAAUCCGCAAAAACUGCCAGGACAUAAUUCGCACUUAUCAGGAAUCAGAAGAACUGAAGUCUAAUGAGCUGGAUGCAAAGCUGAAACAGACCAAAGGAGAACUGGAGAAACACAAAAUGGAACAAACUGAUCAAUUGGAGGUUUGUCGAGCAAAAGCCAAAGAGCUGGAAGAGCUGAAGAGAAGUCAUCAUGACAGCAUAGAAGAGCUCACAACGCUACGUACAAAGAUACAAUGUCUAGAGGACGAGCGCCCACGCUGGGAAGACGAACUAAGCAGGUAUAAAGAGAUCAUCAACAGGCAGAAAGUUGAGAUCAGUCAGCAAAGAGGAAAGCUGGAUGAAAUUACUUUGCUGGAAGAACAUCAUCAACGUGACCAAGAUGAGAUCAUGUCUCUCCGAGAGGAUAUAGACGCCUUACACAACCAGAUAACAGACCUUCAACAAGAUGUUCAGGGAAGUAGGGAACGCGAGGCUGAACUACUGGGCUUUACUGAAAAGAUAAGCAGCAAGAAUGCUCAUCUUCAGUCAGAGAGCAAUGCCCUGCAGUCCCAUCUGGAUCAGCUCUCUACCAGGUUCACUGAGCUGCAAGCCAAACUGGAGGAAACUAUCAGUCAUCUUAAUGACAAGUCACUGCAACUGAAACAUGAGGAGGUGCUGAGGCAGCAACAAGUUGAGGCACUGGAGGAGGAGAAGGCUACUCUGCAGAGUGACCUUAUCCAGCUAAAAACACGGAUGGAGGAGCUGAGGGAUGAACUUGCCACUCAGAAAAGGAAACAAGCUGCCAACAUCAGGGACCUUACUAAACAACUAACACAAGCUCAUAAACGUCUUGAGCAUUCUGAGAACGGGGCCUGUGACCGAGAUGGCAGUAGUAUGGGGAGUCGGUCCAGUUCCUCAGGUACAAUCUCUGGAUUGUCACAAUCUUUGGGCAUCAUGAAACCAUGCUCCCUGAAUGCUCGUGUUGGUGGGUGUAUUGAAGAACGAUCACCUGUCAGCCAGCCAGAUCCUCCUGUGGUGGUUUUGGACAACUUUCCUGAGGUGGACAAGUCCGUGCUAGUUGAGAGAAUCGUCCGUUUGCAAAAGGCGCUUGCACGCAAGCAAGAGAAGAUCGAAUUCAUGGAGGAUCACAUCACGCAACUAGUCGAGGAGAUCCGUAAAAAAAACAAAAUAAUUCAGAGUUACGUGCUCAGAGAAGAAUCAGGGGCCCUCUCGUCAGAGGCCUCUGACAUUAACAAGGCACAUCUGAGCCGACGGGGAGGCAUCAUGGCUUCUCUCUACACUUCCCACCCAGCUGACAGUGGACUGACACUGGACCUGUCCCUAGAGAUUAACAGGAAGCUGCAGGCUGUAUUGGAGGACACACUGCUGAAGAACAUCACUCUUAAGGAGAGUCUACAGACUCUAGGGGCAGAGGUUGAGAGGCUCAUCAAGCAGCAGAGGGGCUCCGGUGAUGCUGGCAGAAGAAACUGAAGGUGUUAUUUUCGGAGAGCUGCUCUUUGAAAGGUGACGCAAAACCUCCGCCAUCCAAUCCCAGAUUCACAAGGACCCAUGAAUGUAUCGUCAUCACAUGUAUGUGGAAAACAAGGACGUCGAGCUCUCACAAGCAUGUGGGAGUCAUUGAACUCUAUCCUAAAACAAAGUGCAAUGCAUUGUCUUUGAUUUGUUGGUUUGAUUUUGUUUUUGUUCUUUCUAAAUUAUUUUAUUUUAUUUUGUUUAAAUAUUUUAGGUUUGUCUUCAUUUUACAUGCUUCCACACACACAGCCAGUUCUGCACAUACUUGGUUAAAGGUGUGCCAUCCGUAUCCUGCAAUUUUCAUUGCACCUUGUGUAUCCCAAUUGUAAUCAGAAGGGGCGUCUACAUCAUGAGCCCACAAUCAUGUAUGUGCUAAUCUCUUUGCAACAGAGGAAUUGCUGGCCAGUGUCUUUCAAUUUUGUUGUUCUGCUGAUUUCUGAAAAUCUCCCAACUGUGAUCAUGAAUAUACAAUUGUAGAUGUGAUUUUAAAAUUAUUUUUUAGAAUUUAUGAUAUAUAUCUGUUUCAAGGAAUAAACUUUUGAGUCUUAAUGUGCAUUUAGGACAAAUAUUGCUGCUCUUAACAUUAAAAUUGUGAAGGGGA